GAAGUGAUGCUGCGCCGUCGCGCCGCGGCCGUGGGCUCAUGGUAAGAGUCGGCCAGAGCGUGGGGGCUCCGGGCCCGCGUCCCCGCGGGAUUCGGGACGGCGGGGAUGACGGCGAUGGUGAGGACCAGGAGCUGGAGACUGCAGCCUGCCGCCUGCCGAAGGGACUGGCUGACUUGUCAUUUGAGGAACUGCUGGAAGGGGCUCCGGGCCCGCGUCCCCGCGGGAUUCGGGACGGCGGGGAUGACGGCGAUGGUGAGUACCAGGAGCUGGAGACUGCAGCCUGCCGCCUGCCGAAGGGACUGGCUGACUUGUCAUUUGAGGAACUGCUGGAACUCCAGAGCCAAGUGGGGACCAAGACACAGAAAGCAUUAGUAGCUAGAAACAGCACUAAGAAUCCAGGCUCUCGAGGCUCUGCCCUGAACCCCUGUGUUGCAGAUAAGCACAAGCCUCUGGAAAUGUCAGCCAAGGUCCGAGUGCCAUUUUUACGUCAGGUUGUCCCCAUCAGUAAAAAGGUGGCCCGGGAUCCCCGAUUUGAUGAUCUGUCAGGGGAGUAUAAUCCUGAGGUGUUCGACAAAACUUAUGAGUUCCUGAAUGACAUCCGAGCCAGAGAGAAAGAGCUGGUGAAGAAACAGCUGAAGAAGCACCAGUCAGAGGAGCAGCGCGGGAAACUGCAGCAGCUUCUUCAGCGGCUGGAGCAGCAGGAAGCAGCCCAGCGGAAGAGGAAGCACCAGCAGGAGCUCCACCUGGCCCUGAAGCAGGAGCAGCGUGCUCGGGCCCAGCAGGGCCAUCGGCCGUACUUCCUCAAAAAAUCUGAGCAGCGCCAGUUGGCCCUAGCGGAGAAGUUUAAGGAGCUAAAACGCAGCAAGAAGCUAGAGAGUUUCUUGAGUCGGAAACGGCGUCGCAAUGCAGGCAAGGACAGGCGACAUCUGCCUUCAAGCAAAGAGUAACA